UGCUCAGCUGGUCUCAUGCAUUUUCUUUCCAAUGCACCGUCGUGCUAUCGUCGCGAAGAUGUGUGCGCGUGUGUGCGUGAGUUCCGCACACGAGCACAUGUCCGGCCGGUAUUAGGAGUGGAUCUUCUAAAGUGGGUGUCGCAGUCGGUCCGAGGUUCAGUAUCAAGGCACCGCGGCCGAUGCUCGCAGUUUAUAACUAAGAGUUGCGUCAGCGCGGGCGCAGUGGUGGGCAUGCGACGCGCGCACUCGGCAGCAGGUCUCGCGGCGCUCGCGCUGCUGGUGGCAGCGGCUGCGGCGCCAGGCAGCACCCCCGCGCCCGACGCGCUCUCCGUGCUGGGCGCCAUCCUGCCGCCCUUCGUCAGCCAGCGCUUCGACGAGCUGGUGAAGGCAGCCUCCGCCACCUGUGAGGUGCUCCCGCAGCAGCUGCUGUUCUCGCGCACGUCGCUGGAGGCGGCGCAGACGCCGCUGCUGAAGUACUCGCGCGGGCGGCGGCGCGCCGUGACCGUGGCGGGCGCGCUGCGGCCGCGCCGCGCCGGCGACGCGCUCGUGCUGUACGUGCCGGGCUGGUGGAACACGCCCAGCGACCCCUCCUCGCGCGCCAUCCUCGAGGCGCUGCUCACGCGCCACGCCGCCGUGCACAUGCUCGACACGCGCCUCUCCUUCUGCCGCGGCUACGUCGCCUCCGUCUCCAACGUUAUGCCGCUCUCGCACUUACUAUACAGCUUCAUCAAAGGCCUGCACAAAUCGGGCUACCCCGUGUCCUCAAUACAUAUCAUAGGCUUCAGUUUGGGCGCACACGUCGCCGGCCUUACCGGAAAACUGGUGAGGAAGAAACUGAACGCCACAUUGGGGCGUAUCACUGCGCUGGACCCGGCGCGGCCGUGCUUCGCGCGCACGGAGUUCCGACUGGACAAGCGCGACGCGCAGUUCGUGCAGGUGGUGCACUCCAGCAGCGGCGUGCUCGGGCUCGAGGAGCCGGUGGGGCACGCCGACGUGUACGUGAACGGCGUGAGCAGCAAGCAGCCCGAGUGCCGCGACCGCAGCAUCAGCCUCGAGUGCGACCACGCGCAGGCCUGGAAGCUGUACUCGGCGUCGGUGACGGACGAAGCCUCGCUGACUGGUCGCCGCUGCGCCUCUUGGGACGAGCUGAUGCAGGGCCGGUGCAGCGGCGAGGAGGCCGUGCUCGGCUACUCGUGCAGCGACACACAGCACGGCAUGUUCCUCUACAAGUCGAAGGAUACACUCGACGCCAAGCCAAGAGAAGUGCAAGCCUUCAACCCUUUUAACAUACUGAGAUGGCCGUUCAACACUUGGCGAAGUAAUAAUAACGAGAAACUAUAAUGAUGCAUUUUGUGCCGGUGAGUUGUGACAAUUAGUUUCAGAAACAUUGGGAAGUGUAGUGACUACUUCUGCGGCUGACUUGUCAUAAGUAUGUAAGUAAAGUACACAUCAUUGUGAUUGCGUGACUGUGAUAUUAAUUAAGUUUAAAGUAAAAAUAAAUACAUUAAAAAAAAA